CCAAGAUGGCGGACGAGGAGGGCGAAGCGCGGCCGGGGGCGCGGAACGGGGCCGGGGAGGGACCCCCGGGCGGGCCCCGCGUCGUCCGCAUCGUCAAGUCCGAGUCCGGUUACGGCUUUAACGUCCGCGGGCAAGUGAGCGAAGGCGGGCAGCUGCGCAGCAUCAACGGCGAGCUGUACGCGCCGCUGCAGCACGUCAGCGCCGUGCUGGGCGGAGGAGCCGCCGACCGCGCCGGGGUGCGCAAGGGGGACCGCAUCCUGGAGGUGAACGGUGUGAACGUGGAGGGAGCCACGCACAAGCAGGUGGUGGAUCUGAUCCGCGCCGGCGAGAAGGAGCUGGUGCUGACGGUGCUGUCGGUGCCGCCGCACGAGGCCGAGAGCCUGGAGCCGCCCGAGGAGCCGCUGGGGCCGCCCUUCUACGACUACAGCGAGAAGCAGGCGGUGCCCAUCUCCAUCCCCACCUACAAACACGUGGAGCAGAGCGGGGAGAAGUUCGUGGUGUACAACGUUUACAUGGCCGGGCGCCAGCUGUGCUCCAAGCGCUACCGGGAAUUCGCCAUCCUGCACCAGAACCUGAAGCGGGAAUUCGCCAACUUCACCUUCCCGCGCCUGCCCGGCAAGUGGCCGUUCUCGCUGUCGGAGCAGCAGCUGGACGCCCGCAGGAGGGGCCUGGAGGAGUACCUGGAGAAGGUGUGCUCCAUCCGGGUCAUCGGCGAGAGCGACAUCAUGCAGGAAUUCCUGUCGGAGUCGGACGAGAAUUACAACGGCGUCUCCGACGUGGAGCUGCGGGUGGCGCUCCCGGACGUCACCACGGUGACGGUCAGGGUGAAGAAGAACAGCACCACGGACCAGGUGUACCAGGCGGUGGCAGCCAAGGUGGGCAUGGACAGCGUCACCGCCAACUACUUCGCCCUCUUCGAGGUCAUCAACCACUCCUUCGUGCGGAAGUUGGCUCCCAACGAGUUCCCCCACAAGCUCUACGUGCAGAAUUACACCUCGGCCGUGCCGGGCACGUGCCUGACGCUGCGCAAGUGGCUCUUCACCACCGAGGAGGAGGCGCUGCUCAACGACAACGACCUGGCCGUCGCCUACUUCUUCCACCAGGCCGUUGAUGACGUCAAGAAAGGCUACAUCAAAGCCGAGGAGAAAUCCUACCAGCUCCAGAAGCUCUGCGAGCAGAGGAAGAUGGUCAUGUACCUGACGAUGCUGCGCACGUGCGAGGGCUACAACGAGAUCACCUUUCCGCACUGCUCGUGCGACUCGCGGCGCCGCGGCCACGUCAUCAGCGCCAUCAGCAUCCGGCACUUCAAGCUGCACGCCUGCACCGAGGAGGGGCAGCUGGAGAACCAGGUGAUCGCGUUCCAGUGGGAGGAGAUGCAGCGCUGGGACACGGACGAGGAGGGGAUGGCGUUCUGCUUCGAGUACGCGCGCGCCGAGAGGAAACCGCGCUGGGUCAAGAUCUUCACCCCCUACUUCAAUUACAUGCACGAGUGCUUCGAGCGAGUGUUCUGCGAGCUCAAGUGGAGGAAGGAGAACCUUUUCCAGCUGGUCAGGUCACAGCAAAGGGACGCGGCCACUUAACCCCGGGAGCUUUUCCAGGAAUCCCAAAAAAAUCCCCGUUAUUGUAUUAAAGCCCCCCCCCGAAAACUAAAUCUCAUUAAUUUCAAAUCCA